GGGGGUCGAGCUAUGAAUACCGGAAACCGCACGCGCUAAGCGAUUUUUGGGACCGCGGCGUUGCUAUGGGCCGGAGGAGAGCGCCGGGUGGUGGGUCUCUGGGACGGGCCCUUAUCCGCCAUCAGACUCAGCGAAGCCAUCGCCACCGUAACACUGAUUCCUGGUUGCAUACAAGUGAACUCAAUGAUGGCUAUGAUUGGGGUCGUCUUAAUCUUCAGUCAGUGACUGAACAGAGUUCCCUUGAUGACUUCCUUGCAACUGCAGAACUUGCAGGAACAGAGUUCACAGCUGAAAAACUUAACAUUAACAUCGUGUUCCCUGCGGUUGGAACUGGACUGUUGUCUUUUGAGGAGAGCCAGAGAAUUAAGAAGCUCCAUGAAGAAAACAAACAAUUCUUGUGUAUACCAAGGAGACCAAAGUGGGACAAAAACACUAGCCCAGAAGAACUCAAACAAGCAGAGAAAGAUAACUUUCUAGAAUGGAGACGCCAGCUUGUCUGGCUAGAAGAGGAACAAAAGCUGAUAUUGACUCCAUUUGAGCGAAAUUUGGACUUUUGGCGCCAGCUCUGGAGAGUCAUUGAGAGAAGUGAUAUUGUGGUCCAGAUAGUAGAUGCUAGAAAUCCACUCCUAUUUAGAUGUGAGGAUUUGGAAUGUUAUGUGAAAGAAAUUGAUGCCAAUAAGGAGAACGUUAUUCUGAUCAACAAGGCAGACUUAUUGACUGCUGAGCAGCGGAGUGCCUGGGCCACAUACUUUGAAAAAGAAGAUGUGAAGGUUAUUUUCUGGUCAGCCUUGGCUGGAGCCAUUAAACUGAAUGGUGACUCGAAGGAACAAGUAAAUGGAGAUGAUGGAGAAGGCAGCACAACUGAGUUUGAAAAUUCCAGUUUCGAUGAGUCCGAAAUUCCAGACAGUGAGACCGAACGUCUCCAGGGCAGGGAUUCUCUCUCACUUAGUGAAGAUUCCACUACAGAUGAAGACGACACUGAGUAUGAGGACUGUCAGGAGGAGGAGGAGGAAGAUUGGCAGACGUGUUCAGAAGAAGACGGUAUCCAUGAGGAAGAGGCCUGUGGCCAGGACUGGAAGGAAAGCUGUGCUGCAGAUUCUGAGGCUCAAGGCAGGAAAGCCCCAGAGAAGAGGCAGAUACACAAUUUUAGCCACUUAGUGUCAAAGCAGGAAUUACUGGAGCUCUUUAGGCAGCUACACACUGGGAAGAAGGUGAAAGAUGGGCAACUUACUGUUGGACUGGUGGGCUACCCUAAUGUUGGUAAGAGUUCAACAAUCAACACCAUCAUGGGCAACAAGAAAGUAUCUGUAUCUGCCACCCCUGGUCACACCAAGCAUUUCCAGACUCUCUAUGUGGAGCCUGGCCUCUGCUUGUGUGACUGCCCAGGCCUAGUGAUGCCAUCUUUUGUGUCUACGAAGGCAGAAAUGACUUGCAACGGAAUCCUCCCAAUUGACCAAAUGAGAGAUCACAUCCCACCUGUAUCACUAGUUUGCCAGAAUAUUCCAAGACAUGUUUUAGAAGCUACCUAUGGCAUUAAUAUCAUAAAGCCUAGAGAGGACGAAGAUCCCCAUCGACCUCCAACGUCAGAAGAACUGUUGACGGCUUAUGGAUAUAUGCGAGGAUUCAUGACAGCACACGGGCAGCCAGACCAACCUCGAUCUGCACGCUAUAUUCUAAAGGAUUACGUCAAUGGUAAGCUGCUGUACUGUCAUCCUCCUCCUGGAAGAGAUCCUGUGACCUUUCAGUACCAACACCAGCGACUGCUAGAGAACAAAACAAAUGGUGAUGGAAUAAAAAUGCAGCCAGCUGGAAAUAAAAAAGCAAAGCAGAUUGAAAAUGUAGUUGACAAAACUUUUUUCCAUCAAGAGAAUGUGAGAGCUUUGACCAAAGGAGUCCAGGCUGUGAUGGGUUACAAGCCUGGGAGUGGCAUGGUGACUGCAGCUACUGGGAGUUCUGAGACCGUGGCUGGGAAGCCCUGGAAAAAACAUGGCAACAGAAAUAAAAAAGAGAAAAGUCGUAGACUCUACAAGCACCUGGAUAUGUGAACUUGGGCUGCAACAGAAAUGGCAUCUGCACUGUGCAGAUGGAAAAUAACUGAAGCUGUUUGUGCCUGUGGAACUUUCCAAGACACUGGCACUCUAGAACGGACCCUGCUCUCAUAGAGCACAGCCGCACCCAACAGUCUUGAUGUCAAGGCUGAGGGGCUCAGGAAACACCAACUCUGACUAAAAGUAGUCAUCUCGGAGCCCCAGAAAACUCCUAUAGAAGGAUGAAUUGAAGGGAAUGAAUGAUGUGUUUGUUUGUGUAAACAUAUUCACAAAUGCAUACUAAUUUGUAAGUAAUUUGUAAGUCGGGAAU